CCGUCCGCGGCGCCCGGAGGCUCGGGGCAGAGUUGGCCCCGCGCUGUCCCGGCGCCCCGGGGGUUCCGGGCUGGGCCCGGGAUUGCUCCUCCACCCUGCCGCCGGCAGCCCCGGGGCCGCGCCGUCCCCUGCCGCCGUCCUCCGCCCUCCAGAGCGUCUCUCCGGCCGCGUCGCCGCGGGGAGGGAGAGGAUGUCUGGCAGCACAGCGAGGAAGGUCCAGCCCUUCACCAUAAGCACCAAGCUCUCCCUGCCCAAGUGUGCCGCCGACUUCUCCGGAGAUGCUUGCCCUGGCAUCGCUCUCGCCCCUGCUCUGGAUAACCACCAUGGCCUUCGACACAACCUCAAUGAACGCAUCUCCCUCUACCUGGCCCAGGCCCAGGCCAGCCCUGCUGCCCCCAACAGCCAGCCACACAGUGCCAGCACUUUGGAAGAAGGAGUCACCAACGAGGAUCGGCUUAACCGCAACUCUCUUGCCCGCUCCAUUAAGAAGAUAACGCUGUCCAACUGGCAUGGGGAGGCUCUCUCAGGUGACGCAGGGGGACCUGAGGACCCUGCCCACACUGGCAGUGACAGGAACCACAACAACAAUAACAGCAGGCCAGGAAAAGCUCAGUUCAAGGUCUUUCUUAGAAAGGAAGUGGACGUGGAGGAAGAGAAGCAGGAGGCCAGGAGCCCCCAUGCUGGUGGUUUCUGUUCACUGGUGGACCGAGGCUCCCCCUUCUAUGCGCUCUCAGGAGGCCCCACAGUGGCUGCUCGGAGAGAAAGCCCCAAGAGCAAGGAGCCCAUCGCAGCCGCUGCACCGAAAAGCAGCGGGCGAAGCAGCACAGGACCGGCCAAGCUUCUCGACCUGAGCCCCUUGAUAGCCCAGUUCAACCGGGAGAUGCUGCAGGCGGAGGGCUGGGUGCGAGGCAAGCUGCGGGACCUGAAAGACGGCUGCGACCUGCAGGACUGGGAGCAGGUGGCUCAGACGCUGCAGAGGGACAUGAAGGAUUUUGAGAACACACUAAUAAAGCUCAACCAGAUGGGCGAGCAGCUGAUGGGCCGGCCAAGCCCCAGUGCUGAGACAGUGCGGCGGCAGCUGCUGGCCCUGCGAGAGCAGUGGCAGCUCCUCCGACAGACGGCUGUCAGCCAGAGCAAAGCCUUGGGCGGACUACGUAGCCUGCAGGACUUCACUAGGAAGGCUGAGCAGCUGGAAGCAUGGAUCAGGCAGAAGGAGGAGAAACCCUCUCUGGCAGCCCUCCUACAGGAAAGCCUGGACAAGAUCCAGCUCACCCGCCGCAUCCUCGACUUGAAACAGGAGGAGCAACAGUACCAGAGUCUGCAUGAGGAGUUGAACACCCUGGCCCAAAAGCUGGAGAAACAAGGCAAAAGUGAGAGCAGAAGCAUCUCUGCCCGGCGCAAGCAUCUCAACAAAAUAUGGCUGCGGCUCCAGGGGACUCUGAAAGAGCAUCAUGAGGCUCUGCAGCUGGCCUUGGAGGUAGCAACCUUCGUCCAGCAAGCAGAUACCCUUCUUGGGGCCAUUAAUGCCAAGUGGAGAAGUGUCUGUGGUGUGGGGAAGCAAGGGGAGGCUGAGCCAGGCCGGGAUCGGGACGUCAGGGACAUGGCCAGCCAGAUGAUGAUGCUGGAUGUGACUGUGUCCCAGCUCCUCAGCCUUCAGCCCAGCCUGGCAGCACGAGUCACCCACAAGCACCGAGAUGUCAAGGAGAGCUGGGCCCAGCUCCAGCAGGCACUGAGGCCUCCCUCACAUCCCUUCUCUGCCCCCUUUCUCAGGAACGAGAAGUCUCCAGCAUUGGCUCUAGCGAGCAGCUUCUCAGGAGGCGAAGCUGCUGCUCUGAACCAUGAGUCUCAAGCAGAUGGUAGCAGCCAUGGGGCAGCGGACAAGGAAGCAGGAGGAGACAAGCAGAAAAGAGGUCCUGGGAGCACAGUGCAGAAGGACGUUGGAAGGAGCAUGGCAGAGCAUGUGAGAGGCGAAGAGAGCAGCCCCAGUUGUCCCACAGCUGGACAACUCCCUGCUGGAGGCGACAGCAAGAGGAGGAGAAGGAAAAUGCUGGGACACCCAGAGGCUGAGUGGGGCAUCCAGGAGCCAGAGGCCCACGUGCAGGACUUCUGCCAGGCUGCGAAUGUGGCUAUGUCCCAGCUCAAGGAGAACAUGGGUCCCAGUGUCCACCUGAGUCCAAUGGAGAAUGCUGAGAGCUUGGAGGCAGCGCAGACACAGCGGGUUGCACUACAGCAAGAGAUCCUGGAUAACAGCUCCAACAUCGAGGCUGUGCUCCUGGAAGGGCAGAAGCUGCUGAGCACAGGGGCCCGAGGGAGCCCACAGGUAGAGGCCAUGCUGCAGGAGCUGGGAGAGCUCUGGGAGGACUUACAGAGGAAGCACCAAGAGAACGGGGCUGUACUGAGGGAAAUUGAUAAGGCCCUGAGGCUGGUGGGGGAGCUAGACCAGGCUGAGCGGUGGCUGCAAGCCGUGGCCAAGUCACUGUCAGAACCAGCCACCAUGAGAAGCCCCGCAGAACUGCGCAAGGACCUGGAAGAGACAGGACAGCUGGAGAGACAGCUCCUGGUCUGCGGCCUCAGACUCCAGGCCUUGCGGGAGGAGGUGACAGAUGAGCCUGCCACAGAGCGUGAGGCAGCAAGAAAGAUGCGGAGGAAGGUGGAGAUGGUGGAGGAAAAGCUGGCGCGCGUGCAGACAGCCCUGCGGCGCCGGGCCGCGGAUCUGCGUGACUCCCUGGUGCUCUCCGAGUUCCUGCAGAAUGUGCAAGAGGAGGAGGAGGCGCGGAGCCGGCACCGACCCCCUCCGCCAGAGAGUGGGCAUCGUGGCUUGCAGGGGUCUUUGCCCCUGCUCUCAGCCCCGGCCAAGCAACCGUCAAGCAGUGAGGACAUGAGCAACCCCUUGGGACAGCUGCAAGAGGCCGUGGAGAUGCUGAACGAUGCAGUGAAGGAGCGAGAACGUGCUGUGGAGGCGGCGGCAGAGGUGGAGAGCCUGAAGCGCCUGCUGGCAGAGGUGUGCCCGCGUCUGGAGGCCAUCCGAUGCAGAGCCAAAGCCCUGGCUCAAGACAUUGCCCAAGUGGAGAGCAGUUUUGCUGUUGUGAAGAGUGAGAAAGACCUCCAGGGGCUGCAGGGCUUGCUGAGUCAGCAGCAGGAGAUGGAGUCUGCUGUGUCAGAGAUCCUGCAGGGGCAACUGGAGGAGCUGGAGAGGGCUGCUGCCCACUUGGAAAAGCUCUGCCCUGCUCGGAUGUGCAGUGUCAGCCCGGAGGUGCAGGGAGUCCUGCAGGCCUGGGAAGAACUGCAGAAGCUGCUGAGGGAGAACAAGGCCCACGUGCAACAGGCUGGCCGGCUGCGGCAGUUCUUCAAGGAUUAUUUAGCCAUGAUCUCCUGGACAGAGGACACACGGGCUCAGAUCUUCUCAGAAAGCCCAGGCAGCCAUGGCCUUUUGGACACUCAGUGUGAGGAACUGGAGAGGAAGAUUGAAGGCAAGUUCAAGGAGUUUGAGGAACUGGCUGCAGCAGGGCAGACGUUGGUGUCUGAGGAGCACUACCUGAGCGAGACAAUAAAGGAGCGCAUGGAGGAGCUGCAGAGCAUGCUGGGCUGGGUGCUGGUACGCUGGCGAGCGCAGAAACACCAGCGGGACCCUGGGAGCAAGCAGGAGGACAGAAGGGACCCUGGAAGUCCCCUGGGUUUGUCCGCCACUGGCCAGGAGCAGCAAGUCCCCUGCGUUCAGCCCCAUGCAGAGAGCAUCCUUGGCCUGAAAGGGUUUGCGCCCUGCUCCCUGCACGAAUCUACGCAAGAAUUAGAGCUGCAGCCACAGGUGCUGGAGGAAACGGCCAUCUCCCCUCCAGUGUCACCCCUCUCAGAUGCCCUGUUGCAACCGGAGCCCAGCAGCUUGGCGCCCCCCGGCGUGGGACCCCCUGAGGAGGAGGGUCUCAUCUGGGAUCCCUCCGAGACUUCCACGGUGUUGCUGCCACCUCGGGGGGCUGGCAGCCUUGGGGGGACAGUCAACUUGAUCCUGAGCAUCAACAAGAAGGGAGAGAAGAAGCACUCACAGCUGGCAUUAGGUGGAGAACGGCCCGGGGAGCAGGCUCUGCAGAUGCUCCCUACCACUAAACCCUCAAGCUGUAAAACCUUUUGGAAGCGUUGCCAGGGGCUUUUAGGAAACACUUGGGGUAGUUUAAAGCGAAAGAGAAAGCCAUCUCGCCAAUCCGUGGAAGAGGCGAAUGCGUCUUUGCGCAUGGAGGAGUGCUACGGCGAAAGGGCCAGGAAAACCUCUGCUGUGCUGCAGCCAGCAAAGCAAGCACCUGCUGCAGCGUGCCACCCUCCAGCAUCGAGUGCUGGGGCCGCAGUGGCCUCCCACACCCUGCCCAGGGCUGGCCCCAGCUCCAUCUUCAACAGCCUGCAGAGGAAGGAGAAGGCGAAGGCCGAGCAUGCGCGGCUGCUGACACUGCAGGGCAUCAUGGGCCCCAGCUCCCUGCAGCCCUUGCCCGAGGACAGGCAUGGCCCCAGCAACACGUGGCCUUUGAAGUGUGGCCGGAGAAAGGCGGCGCCAGGGGCACCUGGCCCCCAGCUCGAGGAGCUGCUGCUCUACGUGAAGAACCCGCUGGUGCGGGACAUCGAUGCAGAGUGUGGGGCUGCCCCUGGGGAUCUCAAACCUGGCCUUCUCCACCACGGCAGGGGGCCCAGCACCACACAACCUGCCACUGGGCCAAAAGACACCUGCCCCCACCUCUCACUUGGGUCUGUCCUCAGCCUGGAGCUGCCCAAGGACUUGACUAUCCUGGGCUGCCUCCGAGGUGCCACGGCAGCAGCACGGCUGGAGAAGGCAGAGGGGAAGGAGAAGAGGCAGGGCAGGGGGGCAAAGCAGUGGGAGGCUGCAGGAGCAGGCAGGUCUGGACGGCAGGAGGGGGAUGCAGAUGGGCACAGUCCCCACAGGCUGGGCGAAGGCCUGGGGAAGCUCCCCAAGGGCGAGCGAGGAACAUGGUUCGAAGAGGUGAGCUUCAACCCUAGUUACAGCCGGCAGAAAGCACGGGGUUUGGAGGCAGCCCACUGCCCUGAGGAGGAGCGGAGGAGCGCCGGCAGCACCAGCGAAGACUUGCUGGACUUCAGGCUGAACCGGCUGUCCCACAUUAGUAUGCUGCACGAGCAGGUCGGCCGGGAGUGGGACAAGCUGGCUGCCAGGCUGGGCCAGGACCGCAGCCCCGGCACUAUGGGGUCCGAGAGAGCAGCCGGCUGCAAGGCCAGGCUGCGAGAAGCUGCUUGCGUGGAGCUCAGUCCCUCUCCCACUGCCUUGGUGGCCAGGGCCAGCUCUGGUGCCAGUGCUGCCCAGCUGGAGCGGCCCACUGGCAGUGGGAAUUCCGGCAGGGAAGUCCUGGCAGGACCGUCCGGCGGGGGCCUGGGCUCUCCUGCCACCCACCCGGGCCCCCGAGCCAUCCCCCAGCUCUCCGUGUUUGCCAGCGAGUUAGGCUGCCGACAGCUUGGCCCUGAGACCCCAGGCCCAUCAGAGGUCUGCCACCCAGCCCACGGGCUGUUUGAGGAGGAGGAGGAGGAGCUGCAGGCCAUCUGGGACCACGCAGAAGAACAGACGGAGCUGAGCCCGCAGGUAGAGAACGGUGCCUGCCGCCUGCCGGCCAGCGAGACAAGCAGCCUGCAGAGCCCCGACGUCACUGCCGGGCCUCUGAUCCUCUCGGCAACCAAUAAUGUGCUAGUAGCCAAGUUCACUCUUCCCACCUCUGCCCAGCUGCUCCACAGCCCAGCAGGAGAAAAGGGCCCCAGCGAUGGGCACAAGGGCAGUGGCAGCCCAAGCAGGCAUGGGGCAGCCCUUCCCUGCAUGGAUGCAUCCCAUGGCAUGGGGCAAUCCAUGUCUACAGCCUGGGCAGACAGCCUUGGCACACGAGAUCGACAUCAGGACGAGGAGCGAGAGGGCAGCAAGGCUCCCCCUAGUAAAACAGAGUUUCAGAUGAUGGAGGGGACACUGGAGAGGAAGCACCUACUGCAGACAGGAGGUAGAAAGGCAACCUGCCGCGCCUGGAGCCUCUUCCAUGCAGUGCUGAUGAGGCAGACUCUGUGCUUCUAUCAGGACCGGAGGGACAACCUUAAGAGCUCCGUGGUGGCCCUUCCCCUGAACCUCUCCGGGGCGGUCUGCACCCCAGACACAGAGUACACCAAAAAGACCAACUGCUUCAGGCUCCAGCUACGAGAUGGCUCUGAGUAUCUUCUAAGGGCCCCAUCCCAGCUGCUCAUGAAUGAGUGGGUCUCCAAGCUGCAGCAGAACUCAGGUUUCCCUGAAGUGGAUUACUUCCAGGCAGCCGCACAGAGUGUUGAGGGCACCAGCUCUACUGGGGGUUUCAGCAAGGUCCUUGGGCCAGGAAGCUCCCACCUCCAGGGUCACUCUCAGGCCAUGACUGCCAAGAGCCAAGAGAUUGUGGUGUUACCCUGCUCAAACACCGCUCAAAGACUUCCACCUUUUGGGAGCCAGGAUGGCCCAGCAGAUGUAGCAGCAUCCUCAGCAGAGGAUGUUCAUGGAGCUGCCAGCCAUGCAGCCAGGCACAGGGAGCGGCAGUGGUCACCCAGUGGGUCUCCUGGGUCAUGGGACAACAGCUGCCCAGAAGAUGACUAUGGGCUGGUGGCCAACAAGAGGAGGUCCUACUCAUUCACCUCAGCCACCUACCAGAAGAUCACACCCGUAGCUGUGCCCAAGGAACCUGUGGAGGCCGGGAGCAGCUACUCUGUCACACUGUACAUUGGGGAGCAAGCACCAGCUGUGCCCAGGACGCGCUGCCACUCCUUUGUAGCCAGGCCAGGAAGCCCACGGGAGGUGCUGGGGGAGAAAACCCAGGGCCCUCCUCGCUCCAAGAACAAAUCUGUCUUCAAGAAGUUCUUUGGGAAGAAGGAGUGAGCCCCAGACAAGGAGGAGAAAAGCAAAUGCCUUCCCCUUUUCCUCCUCUCAGACCUGCUUCAGGUGCAACUUUAGUAAAGUCUCUCCUCCCAGCACCAGCCAUCACUGUUCACCGUUGCCUUGGGGCACCCAGCACCACGAGGAGGAGAGAUGCUGCAGCAAGUGGCUCUGCUUCAGCACAGCCCCAGGGGCUGCAUCUCACCCCAGCCACCACUGUUGCCUUCCUCAGCCAGGUGCUGAGCCCCUUGUCCGCCCUGCGGGCCUUUUCCCGGCAGGCAGGGGCACUCUACUUGCCCUCACCAAGCUGGUGGCAGUUCUCCCUGCUGCCGAUUUAGCUGGAUCCCCAGGCAUCCCUCCUACACGCAGCACAAUCAGGGUUGAGAGGGUUAUUUUUAUUAAAAAACAGACAAAUGCUUA